AUGACCAUGAUGACCACCAACACCAAUAUCAACAACAACAACAACGUUGGAGAAUUUGGGGACACCACUCUGACCAAGGUUUUUGUUGGGGGCUUAGCAUGGGAGACUCCCAAGGAUGCCCUCAGAGACCACUUUGAGAAGUAUGGAGAGAUCCUUGAAGCUGUCAUCAUUUCUGAUAAGCUUACUGGCAAAUCCAAGGGCUAUGGCUUUGUGACUUUCAAAGAGGCUGGGGCUGCCAAGAAGGCUUGCGAGGACUCAGCAACUCUUGUUAUCAAUGGCCGUCGAGCUAACUGCAAUCUGGCUUUCUUAGGUGCUCGUCGUCCAAGGUCUUCUUCCACUGCUUCACCACCCCCACAACCACAAGGAGGAUCAAACAGUGCAGCAGUUAAGAACAAUGCAGCAGCGAAUCACGUGCAGCCAUAUUAUCAUCCAAUGAGGACAACUGCUAUGCCCUUCCAUAAUCAACCGCUUCCUUUCUAUGGGUACACUCCAACCUACAUUGUGACAGACAUAAACUACAAUUACAAUCAGAAGCUGAGCUAUGGCAAUGGUGGGGCCUUCAUGAAUGGGCAGCAGUUGUCCCAUGUGUACCCGAGGCAGGGUAUUGUAGGAGGCAACACAGUGAUGCCAGUGUACCCUCUCUAUCAGUAUCAUCAUCCAACGGAAACCAUAGGCCUACCAGCUCACAGCUUUUAUCCAACGACACCCUGGGCCCCAUUCACCAUCAUUUCCAAACCAUCCUCUAUCAUUCCUCAUACAGGUACAGUUGGCACAGGUGAGUGCUUUAAAAGGGUUGUCUGA